AUGCAAAACUACGAGGCCAAGAAGCCCUCCUACUUCGCGACGCCGUCCCCCCAGCUGAUCCACGCCCUCCACACCGGCCUCACCCAGAUCCUCGCCAAGCCCCUGUCCGAGCGGUUCGCCAAGCACAAGGAGGUCUCUGACAAGGUCAAGAAGGCCGUCGCGGACCUGGGCCUGAAGCAGGUCGCCGCGAAGCCCGAGGACCAGGCCCACGGCAUGACGGCCAUCUACCUCCCCGAGAGCGUCAAGGCCGCCGAGCUGCUGCCUAGCCUGGCCAAGAAGGGCAUCGUCUUCGCCGGCGGCAUCCACAAGGAGAUUGCGCCCAAGUACAUCCGUUUCGGGCACAUGGGUGUCAGCGUGACGGACCCCAACCGGAAGGACAUUGACAACGCCAUCAAGGCCCUCCAAGAUAGUCUUUUUGAGGUUGGCUACCAGAAGCAAUAG